AAACAUUUCAAGAUAAAAAAGAGUGAUGUUGAUGUUGUUGAUGUAAACAAACGAACCCCUCUGCACUGGGCAGCAUCUAACCUCAGACCUGAGCACGCUAAGCUACUGAUCAAGCUCGGAGCUGAUCUAGGGAUUGUAGACGUGGAAAACAAAACCCCAAUCCACUGGGCAGUUUCAAGCACUGGACCUGAUGGAAAACAACUUGUAAACCUGCUGAUUAAAACUAAACCUCUGUCAGUAAUCAAUUGGCAGGAUUAUGAAGGUCGAAUGCCACUACAUCUUGCGGUCAUUCAUACAAAUAUAGAGAUAGUUUCAGCCCUUCUCAGUUCUCCGUCCUGUAUGGUCAACUCUUUAGACAACAGUCUUCGUUCUCCUUUACAUCUAGCAGCCUUUACAGGACGAGCAGACAUAUGUUCAUUACUUCUGGAUAAUGGCGCAAAGCAUGAUUUGUUUGAUGACGGGGGAGCUACUCCAAUCCAUCUUGCAACUCAAUCAGGUUGCGAAAAUACGCUGCAAAUAUUUGUGUCACGUGGGUUAGAAAACACGCUAGAUCUGGACGGUAGAACACCAUUAAUGUGGGCGACAGCACGAGGAAUUAUUUCGGGGAUUUCUGCUCUUAAAUCCAGUUUCUUAGAGGCAAAAGAUGCGCAGGGGUACACGGCUUUACACAUUGCAGUGUCUUGUGGAAUGACCAGCUCAGCUACUGCGCUCUGUAAACUGGGUUGUAACCCUUCAUCGCAAACGCUCACCGGGUUGACUCCUCUCAUGUUAGCUGCUCAGCUCGGACUCAUUGACAUAGCUAACCUGCUCCUGGAGUUCGGAGCUAACCUGACAGACAAGGAUAAGGAAGGGAGAACAGCUCUCCACCAUGCUAGCCAGGCUGGUCAAUCAUACCUACUCUGCCUGCUUUUAAAGGCAGGAGCUUCAGUUAAUGAUGUGGAUAGAUACGGACGUUCUGCUCUACACAUUGGCAGCUACGGAGGAUAUUUAGAGAUUAUAUCUGUUUUACUGGAAGAAGGGUCGGAUAUAAAUCUUCAGGACCAUGAAGGAUUCUGUUCUCUUCAUUGGGCAGUUAGACGUGGUCACAUUGAUGUUGUUAAAUUUCUUCUUAAAAACGGAGCUUUUCCCAACCACGUCGGUGUUUUAGAGGUUGGGUCGGAUACGCUUCAUAUAACUCCCUUGGAUAGUGCUCUUAUGUUGGAGCAAACAGAUAAUCUCAGUGUACUCUUGGAUAACGGUGCAGUACGAAUUGUCAGAAUUUAUAACAUCGCUGCUACACGGAUACAGGCGUGCUGGCGCGGAUACCGGAUCCGGAAAUCCUUCUUCAAGCGGAAGGAAUUGCUAGUGAAGCAUGAGAAGUUAAAGAAGAACAGGAGAGGAACAAGGUCUAUUAGGAUGGAGAAGAAAAAGGGAGCAGAAGAAGCUGCAGUAACUGAACUCUCUGAAGAUCAGCAGAAGAAGAAAGAUACACCAGAAAACUCUGAGAAGGGUUUGGAACCAGAGAAAUCCACGGAUGAAGAACAAAAAGAGGAUGAAAUCCCAAAACUAGUGGUUUCUGCAAGUCGAAUACGGAGUGUAGCAGGACGGUUCCUCGGGAGCAUGGUGGAAGGACAAUCUAGAUCUUCAUAUCUGAGAAGAGAAGAUCCUUCCCUCCCUGAACAACCAGCAAAACAUAAGAAAUCGAAGAGCGGACGAAAGGGGAAAAGUUCCUCCAAAAGGAAAUCUGAGAAUCUAGAUUCUGUUGGUUUGUCUGUUCUUCUAGACCCGGAGACAAGACCAGAGAGCAGAUUCAGUUAUAAUCUGAACCAAUGAUAAACCAGAGUACAGCUGAGUUAUAAUCUGAACCAAUGAUAAAUCAGAGUACAGUUUAGUUAUAUCUGAACCAAUGAUGCCAGAGAGCAGGUUCAGUAAUAAUCUGAACCAAUGAUAACCAGAGAGCAGGUUCAGUUAUGAACCAAUGAUAACCAGAGAGAAAGUUCAGUUAUAAUCUGAUUCAAUGAUAAACAGAAAACAGUUUAGUUAUUGAAACAAUUAGUAGAUUACUUAUGAAAAGUAUAGUACACUACCAUAUUAAAUGGAUAGAUCGACCUUAGAAGUACUCUUCAUCAUUGGUCCGUAGACGGGAUACUACUAUACAUUCACUCUCAGUUCUUAGUUUGAAUAAAGAAGCUGGCAAAUUACGUUUCAUUGAAAUGAUAAGAAAUAGCCUCGUUUACAAACAAACUUUGAAGAAAUUUCCUAAAAAUGAUCAUCCUUAAGUUUUGGUGGUUAAAAACCGAGUGUACAAAUAGGAUUACAUUAGUUAUGAAACAUUAAUAAAUUAUCAAUAAAGUUUUUUAAAAAACUAGAAA